AUGGAAGAAGACAGGAAGGAAGGAAAGGAGGAAAGAAAGGUUGGAAGACAGAAAGCAAUGGAAGAAAGGAUGGAGGACAGGAAGGAAGAGAGGACGGAAAGAAGUAGGGAACACAGGAAGGAAGGGGAAAAGGCAGGUAGGAAGAAAGGUAGGAAUACAGGAAGAUGCAAAGGUGGAACAUGGGAAGGAAGGGAAGAAAAAAGGAUGGAAGACAGGACGGAAAGAAGGAAGGAGCACAGGAAGGAAGGGAGGAAAACAGGUAGAAAGGAAGGGAAGAAGGAAGGAGCACAGGAAGGAAGGGAAACAAAAAGAAUGAAAGAAAGGAAAAAGGGAGGAGGAUAUGCAGAAAGGCAGAAGGAAGGAAAGAAAGAAGGAAGGGAAGAAAGGAAAAGAGGGGAGGAAGAAAGAGCAAGGAAGGAAAGAGGGAAGAAAGGAAAACGAGGGGAGGAUGGAAGAGAGCAUGGAAGGAAGGAAAGAAAGAAGGAAGGGAAGAAAGGAAAAGAGGGGAGGAAGAAAGAGCAAGGAAGGAAGGAAAGAGGGAAGAAAGGAAAAGAGGGGAGGAAGAAAGAGAGCAUGGAAGGAAGGAAAGAAAGAAGGAAGGGAAGAAAGGAAAAGAGGGGAGGAAGAAAGAGCAAGGAAGGAAGGAAAGAAAGAGGGAAGAAAGGAAAAGAGGGGAGGAAGAAAGAGAGCAUGGAAGGAAGGAAAGAGGGAAGAAAGGAAAACGAGGGGAGGAUGGAAGAGAGCAUGGAAGGAAGGAAAGAGGGAAGAAAGGAAAAGAGAGGAGGAAGAAAGAGAGCAAGGAAGGAAGGAAAGAGGGAAGAAAGGAAAAGAGGGGAGGAAGAAAGAGCAAGGAAGGAAGGAAAGAGGGAAGAAAGGAAAACGAGGGGAGGAUGGAAGAGCAAGGAAGGAAAGAGGGAAGAAAGGAAAACGAGGGGAGGAUGGAAGAGAGCAAGGAAGGAAGGAAAGAAAGAAGGGAAGAAAGGAAAAGAGGGGAGGAAGAAAGAGAGCAUGGAAGGAAGGAAAGAGGGAAGAAAGGAAAAUGAGGGGAGGAUGGAAGAGCAAGGAAGGAAAGAGGGAAGAAAGGAAAACGAGGGGAGGAUGGAAGAGAGCAAGGAAGGAAGGAAAGAGGGAAGAAAGGAAAACCAGGGGAGGAUGGAAGAGAGCAUGGAAGGAAGGAAGGACAGAAAGACAAGGAGAAGGGAAAGAGGAAAGAAAAUAAAAAGAGGGGAGGAAAGAAGCCAGGGAGGAAAGAUAGGAAGAAGGGAAAGAGGGAAGAAAGGAAAGAGGGAAGAAAGGAAAACGAGGGGAGGAAGGAAGAGAGCAUGGAAGGAAGGAAGGACAGAAAGAUAG